AUGAGACCAAGUGUAGGACUAUUCCAUACUGCAAAGAACGUGAUAACACAAACGAUAGACCAAUCCAAUCCAGCUUCUUAUUUCGAUACAUUACCAGGUAAACUAAAGAGAUUUUUUGAACGUUAUCCACCAAGACCAUUUAAAGAAUAUGCAUCAAAAUCAACUUUAACAAAUGCACCAGACGCUAAUCCAUUCAUUGCUAACAAGCAUCCAGUUACACAAAGAUAUCAUACUUCAAAAUAUUCAAUGAGAAGACAAAGUGAUUUAUGGAAAUUAGCUUAUAGAUUUGGUAUUCAAGAUUAUUUACCUCCAUUACAAAAUGGUAAGAAAUUUUAUCAAGAAAAAUAUGAUUCUAGACCUAUUAUGAAAGGUGUUUUAAGACCUAAAGGUCAUAAAUAUGAAAGAACUGCUGCAGAAAGAAUUGCUGCUAGAGAAGAAGCUAUUAGUAAAAUUGAUGAUGUUAUUGCUCAACAUAAAAGUAAAAGAGUUUUACGUGAUCGUGCUGCUAAGAAAGAAAAGAGAGCUAAGCAUUGGGUUUAG